AUGUACCUUCCAGCAGCUUUAUUCGCUUAUCGAUCAAUCAAACAGGCUACAACGAAACAUUCACCCUUCUUUUUAUUAUAUGGAUAUGAACCUAAAACACCAUUUGACUUGGAUCAUUACGUGUAUGAGAAAAAUUCGCCAAAGUUUGAGGCAAUAUUAAGGCACAGAACUGCCAAUCAAAUACAUAACCUGAAUAAGUCAAGAGAACAAGCUCAUAAAUCAAUCAACCAAAUACAAGCUACUCAAAAGAAGAUGAUAGAAAAGAAACUUCUCGAUGAGCGAAAGGAACUAAAGCCAUCAUUCAAACUUGGAGAUGUGGUAUUACUUUACAAAGAUUACUUAUCAACAUCAUGGUCGGCAAAAUUACGAGACCGAUGGGAAGGUCCAUUCAUCAUACAUCAAGUUCUAGGCAAAGGAACGUACCAUAUAAAAAAUUACGACACGCAAGAUACUAAAUUAAGAAGAAUCCAUGGUAAUCGCUUGAAACCUUAUAUGAUUCCAAAAAUAAACUGGACUGAAGAACACGAGAGAACUAUCCCAACAAUUUUGGAUUCUGAAACGCAGGAAUUACUUCAAUGA